CAGAAAUCCUUACUGGCUCAAGCAAAAGAUGAAGGGAAUCAUCCUCGCCAUGACUGACAGCCUCAACACCUCUUUUUUAUCAGAUGACUUUGAAGAGAUGAGAGCCUCAACAAACUCAUCCAGAUCAGGCUUCUAAGUUCUAGCAAAAUCGCAGCCAUGGAUGUUGGGAGCAUCCUUCACAUGAAAGAAGGAUUGGGAGAAACUAGUUAUGCUCGAAACUCUUCCCUUCAGAAAAAGAGCAUGGAUGCCUUGAAGCAUAUUAUAGUACACUCAGCUGUAAAUGUCUACAUUUCUAAGACCCCCACAAGUUUCAGCAUGGCCGACCUUGGUUGCUCCUCUGGGCCUAAUGCAUUGUGUAUGGCUGGAGAUAUCAUUGAGGCCAUUGAUGAGAAGUGCAGCAAAUUAUCACAGCAGACACCAGAGAUCUCAGUGUUCCUUAAUGAUCUUCCAAUGAAUGACUUCAAUGCAAUAUUUGCCAACUUUCCGGAAUUCUUUAAGAAGCUUAAGACACAUGCCAGCAGGGAAAGAGAUAUUCACCCAUUUGUGUUCUUGGCUGGAGUUCCUGGGUCUUUCUAUGGGAGGCUUUUCCUGAAUAAUAGCCUACAUUUCAUUUACUCCUGCUUGAGCUUGCACUGGCUCUCUCAGAAAAUAGUGAAUGAAGAGAAGGUGGAUGCAUAUAAUGUUCCAUUUUAUGCUCCAUCCACGAAGGAAAUUGAAGAUGAAGUACAGAAGGAAGGAUCUUUUAUAAUUGAUCACAUACAAACUUAUGAAUUUAACACUAGCAGCGGAGAUGCCACAAAGGAUGGACGGAUCACAUCAUUGGCCAUUAGAGCUAUUCAAGAAUCGAUGAUUUGCUACCAUUUCGGAGGAGAGAUUAUUGACACCUUAUUUGAAACUUAUGGUAGAUUGCUCAGUGAAUCAAUGAAGAAAGAAGAAAUAAAAGGUGUUCACUUAGUAGUGGUUCUAAGAAAGUCUGGUUGACCACACCUAAAAUAAAAAAGCAAUCAAACACUAUCUCAUAUGUAUCCUGUGUGCUAGAUACCCUGCUUGUGAGAAUUCAUCAAAAGUGCGCAUCACCAUAUGUACCACAAUAUGAUAAUAUUUAAAGUGCAUUUGAUGUACUGUCAGGAACACUAUAUUGUCUAAGACAAUUUCAUGUUCAUUGUACAUAUCUGCAAAACAUAAGUAAAUCAUUUUGACAUCAGUUAUGAAUUAGGAUCUUCAAAUGGUGGUGAUUCAAUAUUGAGGUAACCAUGUUGGAAAACUAU